CUUUUAUUAGUAUUGCCCUGUGUUGAGCCUUAUUUGUAUUUAGUGUUUAUCCUGCAAGGAGCCCCAUUGUGACGCUCAGGUGAUUUAAAUAUUUGGCCAGUCGCUAUAUAAGGUGAUGUCAGGUUUGUCUUGGGUAGCGCACGUUUUCCUUGACCAGUGAAAGUAGUUUCACAUGUCCAUGGAGGGUUAGGUAGUUUUUCGUGGUAACUGAAUCUCCAAUCAGGGUAAGUGUAAUUUACUUACAUUUAUUAUAUUAAAAAGUAAUGCAGUAUUAUGUUAAUUGAGCUUAUUCUAUUUUUAUCCACGAGAAAGUGUUUGAAUUGUAUACGGGAAUUUUACCACGUGCACAUGCCGUGAGUUUAAGCGUAAAGUAAUGAUAUUAGUUUAUUACUCAAAGUGUAACGUUACAUUGUAUUAUUAUUUUGCUUUGCGAAGCGGUGUGAUACAUGUUAGUUAAAACUGUAUGUUUAAACAAGUAUAUGUGUAAACAUUUAUGUUAUGUUGUAAGGCAGCCCGUUCGGGGUCAAGCUUAUUAUGUCUACGCAUAUUUGUUGAAGGUCCCUAUUGAUACAUGUACGUUAGUAUGAUUUGGUGCUGUCGGCGGAGGCAACCUAAGGGCGUGGUACGCUGGGCCGAGACCGUGAGAGAGGAAACGUGGUUUCCCGGAUUUGGCAGCAUUGCAGACGCUUAAGACGCGUGGGAUAGGCGCGGGACGUCGAGGACGUGGUGGCAUUUGGUGUAAGGGCGUGGUACCCGUAGGUCAUGGACCGUUAAACACAGGAGGCGGGGAUGGAUAUAGGAACGUGGUCUCAGGAUGGACACUGAUAGACAUUUUGAAAUUCUUUAAUUUUCAUUUUGUAUAUUUGUACAUAUUUGUUUUUAUAUUAUAUAUAAAAUUGUAAAUAGAAAAAUAGUCUUGUUAUCACUGAUCAAGCUUAGGGUGUCGUGACAAUGGUGUCAGAAGUGGGAUGAUGAUGUUAGCUUUGAUCAGUGAUUGGUUUUUUUUAAAAGAAUGUGUUUUGUGUAAAUUGGAUUGAACGUUGGAAAAAUAUUGUAGUAUUUUCAUGUAUUGAAGUUAUAAUAUAUUUUUUAUUGUAUUGUUGUAGAGAGACGUUCAGAUAGAAGUUAGGGGACCCUGAGAGGAGAGGACGUUACCAUGAAUUAGUUUGUAUUAUGAAGGUUUGAUUUAGAUUUAGUUCAGUUUUCCUGGAGUGAUAUUUUGCUUUGUCAUUUUUGUGUCAGUUUAUGUUGUUUGAUAGUUGGUUUAUUUACUGGCGAUUUUUGAGAUGGAUUUGUUAAAAGAGCUGACUGCAUAUGGUCAAAGUUUGGAGUUGACGGGAGCGGAUCUUCAGAGGUUCAUCCGUGAACAACAGGCACAUCUGCGAGAACUCAGAGUUGAGCAGAGAGAGAGACAAAAGGAGGACAGGGACUAUGAGUUGAAGAGAGAAGCUUUGGAAGUAGAGAAGCUCCGUCUAGAAGAAAAGAAAUCUCUAGAUGCACUCGAAAGUAAGUACCAAGCUAAUGUACAUGAACUUAAAUACCAGUUGAGUUUGAAAGAGACAGAAUCUAAAACUGCUAAGUCAGAUAUAUCUGAUGGUUCAUUAGCAAAGGUUCCUAAAAUGCCAUACUUUGAUGAGGUUAAAGAUGACAUAGACUCUUUUCUUAGACGAUUUGAAAGAUACGCUAUAGCACAGAAGUGGAACGAAGGAAUGUGGGCCGUGAACUUAAGCGCAUUACUUAAAGGACGAGCUCUUGAUGUCUAUGCCCUACUUCCACAAGAAAAGGCUCUGGAUUAUGCAGCCCUUAAAACAGCUUUGCUGAGGAGGUUUGAGAAAACAGAGGACGGUUUUCGAGAAUAUUUCCGUAGGUGUAGACCAGAGGUAGGUGAAACCUUUACACAAUUCGCAGUUCGUUUAGGAAGUUAUCUAGAUAGAUGGAUUGAGUUUGGAAAAGUUAACAAAACUUACAACGGACUAUAUGACUUAGUGUUGCGAGAUCAGUUCAUAUCAAUCUGUAAUAGAGACUUAUCGUUGUUCCUAAAGGAGCGUAUUCCGAAAAGUAUUGAAGAUAUGUGUAUGUUAGCGGAUCAGUUCAAAGAGGCACGUCAUGUAAACAUAUUAACUUUAGUUUCUUCUAGCAAAAAGGAAACGACAUUUGAAAACAGAAAUCCAGUUGCAGCAAGAGAUAAACGCAGCCAGAAGGAGCAAGUGCCGCCGAAGACUAAUGGUCAGUCCUUUUCACAACAGAAGAAGACAGCGAAGGAUAUUCGAUGCUACAAAUGUUCCAGGCUAGGACAUAUAGCCUCGCAGUGUAAACAGUCAUCAAGUAAGAAUCAAAGCUUUGCGGUGAAAGCGGAUGCUUCAAGUGAGUCAGGAAGCAGUUUGAAGGAACACAGAGAUUCAGGCAAGUGCUCUGCUUUUACAUCUAUAGCAUCAACUUCAACAUUUUCAAUGGCAAAUUCGUCAGACUUAUUUACUACAUCAGCUUGCAGUGUAGCUAAUUUCUCAGAUCAGAUGCCUGUUUGUGUUGGUGAAAUUAAUGAUCAGUCUGUUCAAGUACUUAGAGACACGGGAUGCAAUGGUGUAAUAGUGCGUAGGAGUCUUGUCCAUGAUGAUCAACUUACUGGAGACCAUCAAGUGUGUGUUUUGGCGGACGGAUCCAAAAUUGAAACCCCUAUCGCAAAGGUGAAUGUUGACACUCCGUAUUUCGUAGGAGAAGUGAAUGCGUGGUGCCUACAUGCUCCAUUAUAUCCUUUGAUUAUCGGAAACAUUCCGCAUGCUAGAGAUCCUCACGAUCCGAACAAGGACUGGAAGCCUAGUGCUGUGAAUGCUGUAGUGACUAGACAACAGAAACGCAUGGAAGGUAAGAAGAUAAAACCUUUUUCUGUUCCAGAAAUAAUAGGAUCUGAAGUUUGUCCAGAGGAUAUGUUAAAAGCACAGGAAGAAGACGAGACGCUGAAGAAUCUUAGAGCUUUGGUUGGAAAGGAAACCAACGGCAACAGAGUGAAGUACAUUUUGAAGAAAGGUAUGCUGUUUCGAGUUUUCCAGUCAGAGAAAGUAGAGAAUGGUCAUUUAGCUACAUCAAGGACAAUUGAUAAAGUGCUAGCUGAGUUUUAUUGGCCAGGAGUCCAGGCUGACGCAAGACGGUUUUGUCGAUCAUGCGACAUAUGUCAGAGGACUACUCCUAAAGGUAGGACAACUAAAGUUCCAAUGAGUGUUAUGCCGAUCAUAGAUGAGCCAUUCAGACGAGUAGCAGUUGAUCUGGUGGGACCAAUACAGCCAAUGACAGAUAACGGUAAUCGUUAUAUUUUAACUUUAGUUGACUUUUCAACACGCUAUCCAGAAGCGGUUGCACUCAAAGGUAUAGAAACUGAAAGAGUAGCUGAUGCAUUAGUAGAUAUAUUUUGCAGAAUCGGAGUUCCGAAAGAGAUGCUGACAGACAUGGGGACACAGUUUACUUCAGAGUUGAUGGGUGAAGUAAGUCGUCUACUUUCGAUGAAACAGUUAUCCACGACACCCUAUCACCCGAUGUGUAACGGCUUGGUGGAGAGAUUUAAUGGUACCCUGAAGCAGAUUCUUCGACGACUGUGUUCAGAGCGGCCGAAAGACUUGGACAAGUACCUGUCAGCAGCACUUUUUGCGUAUCGAGAUGCCCACAGGAGAGCUUGGGAUUUUCGCCAUUCGAGUUGGUAUACGGACACAGAGUCAGGGGUCCGAUGAGAAUCCUACGAGAGCUUUGGACAAAAGAAGAGACGGAUUCUGAGGUGAGAAGUACUUAUCAAUAUGUU